AUCACCUUCCCCAACCCACAAUGGCCCUCGCACUCGCCCUGCAGGCAUGGGACACACCCACGACCUCUGCAGAAGGUGCAAGGCGGUACGACGAGAUCGCAAGGGCGACCGAGAUCGCCCAGGCGCACCUCUACCCGCGCGACGUAGCGACCUCCCACCGGUCUCAUGAUACCCCCAACGUUGCCGCCGCGUUCGCCGUCCUGCGCUCGGCUGGCAAGCUGCCCGAGCUGCACCAGGACUUCACGGAUGUCGUCGAGUCGCGGUUCUACCUCGUUAGGCAGGAUAUCGCGCGGUACUUUGCUGCUCUGAAGGAAACCACCUCCAUCUCGGCCCACCCAAACACCUCGGCCAUCAUGGUCGAGCUCCUCGAGCGCCUGUCAAUCUGGCAAAGAGUCUGGGGACUCCCCUUGAGAGCAUUUGAAGAGUAUGCCCCCACCCCCAAGGACAUUUCUGACGUCAGCCCGAAAAUCAUGAACUCGUUCACCACCCACUUCCAGCACCUGGUGUACGCUUCGCUCCCCGCCUCCUUCCCCGAGCACCUCCGCUUCUUCCUACAAGAGUCGCUUGCCGGCCUCCCCCGAGACGAGGAGGGCAAACCGCGCAAGAAGCAAAAGGUUGCGGCGCCGUCGCCGCAUCUCCACCGCUUGACCGUGCUCCCGCGCUACGCGACCACGCUGAUGCGCGUGGCGUACGACGAGAUUGAGAAGAUCGCCAAGGAAGAGACGGGGAUGGGGUGGGAGGAGCGCCGGCUCGCCCGUGCUCGUCAGCGCGUAUCGGAUACCGUCGUCAACUGGAUCUCGGGCGUCUUUGAGACAAACAGCAACCCUCAGGAUAUGCUCAGAUCCAUGUACUCGCGCUUCGACUACUACCUGUGCAAGUCUUUCUUCGAGAUCAGGACCGAGGAACUCUUCGAUAUCAUUGUCGACUUCCCCGACUCGCUGGCAGCGCUCGAGGAUCUCCGGGAUUGCUUGAUCAAGGUCGACCAGCGAGACCAGCUCGUGGACAGGCUCCGUGCUGCCAACCUCAAGCGCCUGCUUCAUCCUGGUGCAGAGACAAAAGACGUCAUCACGCAGUACAUCUCGACGAUCCGCUGCCUGCGUAUCAUCGACCCGCUCGGCGUACUCCUGCACAAGGUCGCUGAGCCACUGCGUCGCCACCUGCGCGAUCGACCCGACACCAUCCGGUGCAUUGUGGCGACACUGGUCGAGGGCGAAGAACUACAGGACGAGAAUGACCCGGCGUCGGCGGAACCCCUGGCGCAGACCAACGACCCGACGGUCGAAAAGUUCUGGGACCCAAAGUGGGAGCCCGAGCCCAACGACGCCGCACCAGAAUUCCGCACAGGCAAGACGGCCGACAUCGUUGGCACCCUUGUCAGCAUCUACGAGACGCGCGAGGUGAUUGUCAAGGAGCUGCAAGCGUACCUUGCCACGCGGCUGCUCGCGAUCGGCGACUACGACGCGGUCAAGGAAGUGCGCACCAUCGAGCUGCUCAAGAUUCGGUUCGGCGAGGAGGCGCUGCAUGUGUGCGACGUCAUGCUCAAGGACAUGGCAGAUUCAAAGCGUAUCGAUGACCACGUGCACGGGGAUAUUGAGUCCAUCAUCCACCCGCUCAUCAUCUCGCGCAUGUUCUGGCCGAACCUGCACUCAUCGUCCCUACACCUCACGCCAAAGCUCGAGCAGGUGCAGAGCGAGUACGAGACCGCGUUCCACCACUUCAAGCCGGACAAGCGUCUGCGCUGGCUACAGGAGAUGGGCAAGGUCACGAUCACGCUCGAGCUCGAGGACCGCGAGGUGACUGCGGAAGCGACACCCUUGCAGGCGGCGGUGGCCGAGUUGUUCGAGGGCAAGGCGAGGUGGUCGGAAGAGGAUUUGGGUGACAAGCUCGGCGUCGACGGUGUGCCACUGCGCAACGCGCUCGCUCACUGGGUUGGGUACGGCGUGCUCAAGGAGGACGACGACGGCAUGUGGCGGCUACUCGAGGUGGUUGAGGAGGCGGGCGAGAAGUCCUAUAUCCAAGAGGCCCCCGCGCCGCUGUUCAAGACGGUCGACGAGGGUCGUGCCCAGCGCGUCCAGAUCUACUGGAGCUACAUCAAGGGCAUGCUGAGCAACCUCGGCCCGCAAAACAUUGACACGCUGCAAAAGAUGCUGUCGAUGAUGAAGGACUAUGACGGGACGAGGGACGAGCUGGCCAUGUUUAUGGCGGCGGCGAAGCGGGAGGGGCAGGUGGAGCAGCGGGGGAAUGGGACGUGGGUGUUGAUGUAG